UACUCACAGCCGGCAUACAAAACCCUAACAGUUGGCUAAGGCAGUUCAGCGAAAUAAGAUUGGAAAUUAUUUGGAGAAAUAGUAAACAAAAUUUUAGAUAAAAAUGAAAUUAUUGAUACUCGUCUUUGUGACCCUUUUUGCCUUGGCUUCGGCUCAGUUUGGACUCUUUGGAGAGUUGGUGCGGGAUGUUGAGCAAUUUGGACAACAGCAGCAGCAGCAACAGCAACAGCAGCAAAGCGGAUGGGGAGGACAACAGCAGCAGCAGCAGGAGGAAGGCGUCAUCUUCCGAGGUCCUUUUGGCGGCAGUCUCGAGUUUUUCCAGGAGCAGCAGCAACAGCAGCAAGGAGGCGGUGGUCAACAGCAACAACAACAGCAGCAGGAAAAUCUUUUCAACUUCUUUGGCUAAACCUUGAGCAUCAAAGAUCACUGAGUAAAAGUCUGAACACUCCUCUUCUUCUUCUUUCACAUACAAA